AUGGGUGAUCCAAGCUAUAAUUACUACUACUACUACAAUCAUGAAUUAAUCAACCCUAAUUCUUUUCAUGAUCAUCACUUUUCAUCAUCUUCUAAUGAUAUCAUUACCUCCUCUAAUGCUUCUAAUUAUUAUUUCUUUGAUCAUCAUCACUCAAUAUUCCCAUCCUCUCCUCCUCUUAGAGAAGCCCUCCCUCUUCUCAGCUCAAGCCCUGCAAGACAAGCUGUUGCAGAUCAUGAUUUAUCAUACACCCCCAUGGACCUAGAUCUUGUUGAUCAUGACUAUGAUAUUGAUGAAGCUGUGACCGUUGAUCUCCAUCUUGGCCUCCUCCCAAACCCUAGCAGCUGCAGCUUUGGUGAUGAUAAUGAUCUGAUCUCAAGAUCAAGUGAUAAUAAUAAUAAUUUUAUGGUGGUUAAGGAAUCAUCAGAUCAAGUGUCGACGGUUAUGGCCUCAUCAUCAUCAUCAUCACACCCUAUUAACAAGGGUGGUCAGUACUGGAUUCCAACUCCAGCCCAGAUUCUGAUUGGUCCUACACAGUUCUCUUGCCCUCUUUGCUUCAAGACUUUCAACAGAUACAACAACAUGCAGAUGCACAUGUGGGGGCACGGAUCGCAGUAUAGGAGAGGACCGGAGUCGUUAAGAGGGACACAACCGACGGCGAUGCUGAGGUUGCCGUGUUACUGUUGUGCACCCGGGUGUAGGAACAACAUAGAUCAUCCUAGGGCAAAGGCACUUAAGGAUUUUAGGACGCUUCAAACUCAUUACAAGAGAAAGCAUGGAGCGAAACCCUUCAUGUGUAGGAAAUGUGGGAAGGCUUUUGCAGUGAGAGGGGAUUGGAGGACACAUGAGAAGAAUUGUGGGAAGCUUUGGUAUUGUUCUUGUGGAUCUGAUUUUAAACAUAAAAGGUCUCUUAAGGAUCAUAUUAAGGCAUUUGGUAAUGGACAUGCUGCUUAUGGGAUUGAUUGUUUUGAUGAUCAAGAAGAUGAACCUGCCUCUGAGAUUGAGCAAGACAACAAUACUAACUAG